UCAACACUUUAACACUGAAUAACAAUUACAUGACGCAAGAACAUCCCUUUUCACUUACACGACAGUCGAGAGUUAUGAAAGGGCCAUACUAUACACCAUCCUUAGAGCUAAUAUCGCAUAAUUUAUAUUAGGUCUAGGUUGAUGAAUCUUCGUAGCGGAUAAACUAUAUACACAGGCAGCACCCUCCCUUAACAUAAUGCCUUUUCUUGUAUUUUAUGAGUUCUGGGGGCCCUAUACUUAAUAUUGAGGCGUUGUUGUUUGUUGCUCCGAUCAUGUGGGGGGCCAGAAGCUUUUAUCAGGCAAUUUCGACACUUUAUCCUCGGUGGUCCGUGUGGGUGGUUCCACUGGCGUCUUCUUCUCUAUUGCCGGAGGAGGAAGAUGCAAGAUUGGAUACAUUUUAUUGUCUCCACGACUUUCUGGAGGAGGAGGGCCCUGAGCGUUUAGCUCACGACGGGGUGGUGGGGGACGGUCGCGACGCACUUCUGGACGAGGAAGGAUGUUGGUGUUAUAUCCUGUGUCCGGCAUCUUGUUUGUUGGUUAUGGUUUAUUGAGGUUUGGCUGAUGCGUGAAUGCCAUUUGUUGCUUGAAGAAAAGCACACGGAGGCCAGGCACUGAUAAUUUAUGGUCUUUGAGCAUAUGAUAUUCACUGCCGUAUAAGUCGCGAAAGACGAUUGUCACAGCGCAGUGAGAAAGCUCCAAAAAGAUUCAAUGGCAGCGUCCAAAGUUGCGCCUAUAUCACAGCUGAAACGUCCGUAAUAGAUUGUAUCGUGUAGUUAGGAUCGCCCAUCGCAAGUUCCCGAAAGAUCGCAUGGUGCAGAUUUUUGGACAAGUGUCUGGGCAUAUUGAGCAAAAGGCUUGGAGUCCUGUCGGAGAUACGCUCUGAAAACAGAUUCCAAACGCUAUAACAUCUUUUGGGCUCUUCGUUGUCGUUAGAUGCGGUUUCGCAAGGUUGAUGGGACGUG